AUGGCGCCCUCCCCACGAGCCAUGCGUAUCCUGGGCCUCCCAUCUCUCUUCCUCCUCCUAGUCGGCGCAGGCGUCGCCACCGCAGACCUUAACUACACCGACUGCCCGAACGAAGGAAACUACACCCUCGGCGGCGUAUUCCAGGCCAACCUCGACGCUCUCCUCUCCUUCCUCCCCGCCACGGCGUCUGGCGCGUCCGGGUUCGCCACGAACGCUACCGGCGCAGCGCCCGACCAGGCGUUCGGGCUCGCGCAGUGCCGCGCUGACGUUAACCCGUCCGAGUGCCGAGCGUGCCUCGAUGCCUCAGCGCAGGAGGCGGCCAGCAACAGCAACUGCCCCGGCCAGAAAUCCUCCAUGGUCAUCCACGACUACUGCCUCCUGCGGCACUCGAACGCGAGCUUCUUCGGCACCGCCGACACGUCGGUGAUGUUGGGACUCUGGUCACUCUGCAACAACGGGAACGCGACGCAGCCCGAGCUGUUCAUGACGCAGCUGGUUUCUCUGAUGAGAAACCUCAGUAGCCUGGCGGCGUACUCAUCCCCGCGGAUGUUCGCGGUCGGCGAGGCCGAUGUCACGUCCUUCACGAAGAUCUACGGCAUGGCCCAGUGCACACGCGACCUCGGCGGCGACGACUGCAACCGCUGCCUCAGUGGAACCGUCACGGACAUCCUCAGCAGCUGCAACGGAAAGAUAGGCGGACAGAACAUCCGCCGGAGCUGCUCCGUCCGGUACGAGGAAUCCCUUUUCUACAGCGCCAAGGCCGCCGAGGCGGCGAUGUCGCCGCCUGCUCCAGCAGGCGGCGGACUCAACGGUACCGACCACUCCGGAGGAAACAAUUCCACGGUCAAGAUAGCUCUGGCGGUCUCUGUUCCUGUCGCUGCCGUGCUGCUGGUGCUGUUGAUCACUGCUUUGUACCUGUGCAAGAGGAAGAACAAGAAGCCACACGAGCAUGUGCAGAUUUCCAGCGCCGCUGACUGUGAGGAUGGAGAAGACAUGGGAAGUUCAGAGUCUCUCCUGUACGAUCUGAGCACUCUAAGAGCUGCCACGGACAACUUCUCUGAAGAAAAUAAGCUAGGGGAAGGCGGGUUUGGGCCGGUCUACAAAGGCACACUGCAGGAUGGGCAGGAGAUCGCGGUGAAGAGGCUGUCGAAAACCUCCCAGCAAGGGCACGUGGAGAUGAAGAACGAGGUUGUGCUAGUCGCGAAGCUCCAGCACAAGAAUCUGGUGCGCUUGCUGGGCUGCUGCAUCCAGGAGCAGGAGAUGCUCCUCGUAUACGAGUUCCUCGCCAACAAAAGCCUCGACAAAAUUCUAUUCGAUCCUGUGAGGAGGCAAGAGCUUACCUGGGGGCACAGGUUCAGGAUCAUCCAGGGUAUCGGUCGAGGCCUUCUUUACCUCCACGAGGACUCGAGACUGACCAUCAUCCACCGGGACCUCAAAGCUAGCAACAUCUUGCUAGACCCCGACAUGAGCCCCAAGAUCUCCGACUUCGGCCUCGCCAAGCUAUUCAGCCUGGACACCAGCGUCGGGAACACCAGCCACAUCGCCGGAACCUACGGGUACAUGGCGCCGGAGUACGCCCUGCACGGCAUCUUCUCGGCCAAAUCGGACGUGUACAGCUACGGCGUUCUGGUCCUGGAGAUCAUCGCGGGUCGCCGCAACACUUUCAGCCAGUAUCCAGGCACAAAUAACGAAGAUCUUCUGACCACGGUGUGGAGGCACUGGAGCCAUGGGAGCGUAACGGGGUUGCUCGACGGCUGCUCAGCCGACGGUCUCCAGCCGUCCGAGAUGCUGCGGUGUGUCCACGUGGGGCUGCUCUGCGUCCAGGAGGACGCGCACCUGCGUCCAAGCAUGGCGACCGUCGUCGUCAUGCUCAACAGCCGCUCAAUUACUCUCCCGGUGCCGACGCCGCCAGCCUACCUCGUUCGGAGCCGCGCGGGCGCAUUGGGGAGGAGCCAGACGCACGAGGAAGAGACUCCGGCCGGAGCUGUUCGUGAGCCGUUUGGUAACGACGCCUAUAUUUCUGACAUGGAGCCCCGGUGAACCGAUGGCGGAAAUUUUCCUGUUUCUUGUGAUUUGGCCAGCUAGAUGUUGUAUGGAGAGAAAUGAAGCUUGUGUCUGUAUGUGUAUUAUGUUUGGAUCUCAACAAAGUUUUAUGGUGCAGUUUC